AUGGCCCUCCAAUCCGCCAAACGCGACCUGCGCAAGCGCAUGCGCCAGAUCCUCGGCCAGAUCCCAGCGACUGCGAUCGCACAACAAUCGCGCGUGGCUACUCAGCGGUUCUUGUCGCUGGCCGAGUACCAGAAUGCCCGCAGCAUCGCCGUCUAUCUGUCGAUGCCCGCCGGGGAACUGUCCACCACGGGCAUUGUCCACGACGCCCUCCAGCGCGGCAAACAGGUCUACAUUCCCUAUAUCUACCCUGUUGAUUCUACAUCAGUGAUGGCCAUGCUCUCCCUCGCAUCAGUGGCCGAGUUAGAGGCCCUACAGCCCGAUCGAUGGGGCAUUCCGUCCUUGUUGCCCGCGCAGGUCGCCGGCCGACCCGACUGCUUCGCAACCGCUACGGGACUCGAUCUCAUCGUCAUGCCGGGCAUGGCCUUCGAUCAGGGAUUCCGACGACUCGGACAUGGCAAAGGAUAUUAUGAUCAUUUUCUAACGCGAUAUUCCCAAUGGAACCAGAAGACAAGCCAGACCCCCCAGAAGAUGCCAUUCCUCGUUGCCCUGUCUCUCCAGGAGCAGAUGAUGACCGCGAACCCGAUCCCCGUGGGCGAGCAUGACUGGCUGGUGGAUGCGAUAGUGGUGGGCGAUGGGCGGUAUCUCACUCGGAGCGGAUGA